AUCGAUGCCUACAGCCACGCUGAAAAAAUGUGCUCGGCAGUCGCGUCGGGCUUUGAGAUUGUGCGCUUUCGCGUAAAGGUGCCUAUAGUUACUUCUCCUUCACUCCUUCCUCCGCCUCUUUCUCUUCCUCCCGUUGCUGGCGCGCUGGUCCGACAAGCAAUCUUACGAAGGCACCGGUGCCAAUCUUCGCUCUUUCAUAACCCUCCGCGCUAGCUGAGCUAGAAAUGCGUCCUUCGUUCACCCUGACCUCACUCGCUCUGCUCGCCGCGUGCGUUUCGGCUGCGCCUGCACCCGUGCGCCGGGCAGUCAAAUGCGCGGCGGUGGACGACGAUGGGUCGCCGCUGAUCAGCUCUACCGCCGCGCCGGGAGACUUCGCGGUGUGCACGUACAAGGAUGCCGGGCCGUGUACUUAUUUCGCUGCGAAUGGAUCGUUUUCGUCCGGAUCGAGUACGUGUCCUGCUGGACUGCCGCAAGACGCGACGUUUGGACAGAACACGCAGUCCAAAGCACAAGUCGCGCCUCCUCCUCCUCCACCUCCGCCUCCUCCAUCCCCUUCCCCGCCCGCGCCGCCCAAAACGACCGCAUCUCCGGUCGUAAAGACGAUCACGAUCGUCAAGGCGCCUCCACCCAAGACCACGAGCAGCACGAGCUCAGCGGCACCGCCUCCCCCACCCAAGACGACUGCACCGCCUCCCCCGCCGCCAGCGAAGACCCCUUCUCAAUCCUCGUCACCGCCCCCGCAGACGAGCACUACUUCGUCAUCGCAGCCACCGAAGACGACGAGCAUCCCUCCGCCCCAGACGACGAGCACACUGCCCCCGCCUCCUCCGCCGAGCACGGCGAGCACGAGCGCGAGCACGAGCACAGCUGCACCGCAAGUCACUACCCAGACUGUAUCGCCUCCCCAAACCACGAGCACAUCUGAACAGGCUCUGACGACCAGUUCAUCCGCGAGUGUUCCCGCACCGACUGUUCCCGCACCGACCGCGAUUUCGACCGCGGAACCAUCGAUCUCCCCGCCGACCGUCACAACUUCUUCGAGUGCUGCGCCUCUCAUCACUCUUUCCUCUGCACCCAACGCGACUUUCAAGUCCAAAGUUGUUGCUGUGCCGCAGACGACCAUUGCCGCCGCCGCCGGUGUGCCUAGUGCUGGUGCAGCGAACGCGAGCCCGGCAACGGGCGGGUCUCCGACUGCAGGAUCUGGGAAUGCUGCGGGUGGUGGAACGAGUUCGGGUGCAGGUGGGCAACUGGGCGCAGUUGCUCAGGGCUCCACUGGCGGUGCAGUUUCUGGCCGGCACGGGGCUUCGUCUGUGGGUGUCCUAGGCCUCGGGUUGGUGAUGGGUGGUCUUGUGUUGCUUUGAGGACCAAGCAUAAUGUUUCGCUAGCGCGGGCUUCAUCAAAUCAGCCUGGUUUGCUCUCAACCUUCCGAUCGGUGGCCAGGUUUCAAUGUUGAGGGAGGCAGAAUCGACGUUUUUCAGGGACAUUUCACAUUUCAGGAGACAUACAGUACAGUACAUCCUCGUAUCCUACCAUUUAUGGACUCUUCCUUAAUUUGCUUGCUAUCGAAAUCCUACUCAAAAC